AUGUCUAAUUUGUCAAUUACAACUCCGUUGCUGAAUGACUGGAGUUCGUAUUUGACAAACCAACAUGACUCUGACUGGGAAGAAAUACAUCGCGCUCGUCAAAAUCGAUAUUUUCGAUUUAAGAUACGUCAUGUCGCACUGCUAAUAUUCGGAACUGGGAUCUUAGCUCUGCUCGUAUUCCUUUAUGCAUUUAACCCUCCUCUUCAUCCCCCGGGUCAAUUUACAGGACAUAAAGUUAAAGGAAAGUCAGGCGCUGUCGCGACAGAAGUCGUUGGAUGCUCUAACAUUGGCAUAGACAUCCUAGCAAUGGGCGGGAAUGCGGUGGAUGCGGCGGUGGCUUCUACUCUUUGUAUUGGUGGAGGAGGUUUUAUGCUUAUUCGACUGCCAAAUGAUACAGCUCGCUCCAUUAAUUUUCGUGAAAUGGCUCCCGCUAAUGCCUCCAAGCAUAUGUUUGACGGAAACCCUAUGCUAGCCCGGGUUGGGGCUCUAUCCAUUGGCGUUCCCGGCGAAUUAGCCGGUUUAUAUCAUGCAUGGGAUCAUUAUGGACAGCUUGAGUGGCUCAAAAUUGUCGAACCAAGUAUCAAGCUUGCAAGGGAAGGAUUUACAGUAACACCGGCAAUGGAACACUGCUUGCUGGAUGAUACUACUAAAGACCUGAUUAAUGACCCAGUUUGGGCUUCUGUUAUUGCUCCUUAUGGAAGGUUAUUAAAGGCUGGUGAUAUAAUGCGUCGUCCUGCCUUUUCAAAAACCUUGGAGAUUAUCGCCAAGGAAGGUGUUGAACCGUUUUAUAAAGGCUCUUUAGCUGAUUUGAUGGUUGCCUUUAUCCAGGAACGUGGAGGCAUUAUAAUGAAGGAAGAUUUUGAACAAUAUUUUCCAGUGGUAUCUGAUGCCAUUGAGACAACCUAUAGGGGCCAUGAUGUUCUCACAUGUCCUCUUCCGACCAGUGGGCCAGCUUUAAUUGAAGGACUAAAUAUAUUAGAUGGAUUCCCCAUGGAUUCUUCUUCUUUAUCUUUUACAAAAAGAUUACACUUGCAGGUUGAGGCGAUGAAAUGGUUGUCUUCUGGACGCACCCAGUUUGGUGACCCGGACUUUAUUCAAGAAAAUUUGCCUCUUAUUUCAACAAUGAUGUCGAAAAAGUUUGCAUCGGACGUACGUAGAAAUAUCUCUAUGACAAAAACAUAUUCGUGGGAGCAUUAUAAUCCCUCAUACGAUAUUCCUGUCAACCACGGAACAACACACAUUGCUGUCAAGGAUGAUGAAGGUUAUGCGGUUUCUCUUACAUCCACCGUGAAUUUGUACUUUGGGUCGCAGUUGAUGGAUCCUGUUACUGGAAUGGUUUUUAAUGAUGAAAUGGAUGAUUUCUCUAUUCCAGGGUCUUCAAAUGCAUUUAAUUUGACUCCAUCUCCAUGGAACUAUAUUGAACCGUACAAGCGUCCCGUCUCUUCUGCCGCUCCUACGAUUAUUAGCAACAAACAAGGUGAUUUCGAAUUGGUGAUUGGAGCAAGCGGUGGUAGUCGAAUAGUUACUGCUGUUCUGGAUGCUAUUGUAAAGCGUGUAGAUAUGCAUUACGACAUCGAGUCUAUGGUUGCUAGCGCACGCUCUCACCAUCAACUGCGACCUAAUGUGUUGAUCUUGGAAAACGGAUUUUCGAAAAUGAUUGCAUCGAGAAUCAAAAAGUACAGACAUAAUGUGCUUCGAUUAAAUCCUAGACAGUGGCCAUUGAGUGCUGUUCAAGCUGUUAUGGAGCACAAGGAUAUAAUAUAUGGUAUGAGUGAUCCUCGAAAGUACGGACAAGCUGCUGCAUAUUGA